AUGUCCCAUGGACAUAGUUUCGGGAGGACCACCUCAGGGAACGGGAGGAUCGCCAGUCCUGGUCCUGCUGGCGCUAUUUCUUUCGCAGCGACUGCACUCCUACUUUCGUUGUUCAAUGUUCAAGCUGGAGGCGUAGAACAUCCCGAGGUGUUAGUGAGUAUGGCGGUCUUCACAGGUGGUCUUUCCCAAUUCAUGGCAGGAAUGUGGGAGUACCCCAGAGGAAAUGUUUUCAACGCUACUCUAUUCUCGCUUUACGGCAGCUUCUGGAUGUCAUAUGCUACGAUCUUCAUUCCUGCCUCUGGUAUCCUCGCUGCGUACGAAGAUCCUUUGGAGUUGAGUCACGCCUUGGGGUUAUACUUGAUUACUUGGACGAUAGUGACUGCCUUUUUCUUAUUCGUCGUCAUUCGUCGAAAUCUCGCCCUCACUGUCAUGCUCUCUACUAUCUUCAUCACCCUCGUCAUCCUCAGCACCUCGCAAUACAGUCUCGCCGGUAUGCCAAUUCUCUCCCUCAGAGUCCAGAAAGCCGGAGGAGUAUUCGGUAUCAUCGGCGCUCUGCUCUGUUUCUAUAUCGGUGUCAGUGAGCUUUUGGAGGCGGAGCUUAGGCCGAUCGUGAGGCUUCCCCUCGGGGUGUUGUGA